UUGAUCAGGCUUACCAAACAAGCAAUCAAUCCCUCUCUCAAUCGCUAGGCAAUUCUAGGGUUCCAAGCUCCUUCCCCAAAAUCCUUUGAUCAUCCAGGGUUUCAAUCUUCUGCUGCAAACCAGUAUGAGAACUAGAAAUGCCGAAACCCCCAAACCGGCGUCCAAAAAGAAGACGCCGCAGGCUAAGAAAUCUGCCGGCAAGGCUCCUCAGACCACGCCCGAAACGGGGGCAGGAUCGGUGACGCCGAAAUCAACCGAGACGAAGCGUGUCUCUGCAACCAAAGGGAAGCAGGUGAAGACCAACGAAACUACACCGACAUCGACACAGAACGCGGCUGCUGAAUUGAACACUGGAGCAUCAGUUGAAGAGGUGAAAACUGCAGCUAAUGUGUCUCUAGUAACACCAGAGACGAAAGCAGCUUCAGGUGCCAAAUCAGUGGUGAAGAAAACGCCGGGAAAAGCUAGAACUCCUCCUUCAGUAAAAGCUGUUUCUGCGAAGACACCUGAAUUGGGGGAGUCUUUAAAACCAAAGGUCGAGGAGCCUGCGAAGAAGGAAGGGGUUGAUGCUGCAAAGGAGGGGGAGUCUACAGAGAAGGAAGGGACUGAGUCUGCAAAGAAGGAAGGACCUGUUGUUAAAAAUGUUGAAGAUUCCAACAAGAAGGAAACAAGUUCUGGUCAUCCAGAAGGUGUUCCUACCGAGCAUCCUAGAGAUACUUCGGAGCAUGAAGAAGCCUUGAAUGUUGCAAAAUCUCCAGAUAAUGGAGAAAUCAGUAUUGCCAAGGAAGUGCCGGAUGUGAAUGAAGAAUUGGGAGAGGAGAUAAAACAUGUUGAGGAUAAAGAAGAGACUAAGAAUGAGCAAGUUAACAUGGAAGCAGAAACAAAUGAGUCUAGAGUUGGAGAAGAUGCCCCAGUGAAGGAGGAUAAGUACUAUGGUGAUGAAGUAAUGGACUCUGGAGAUGAAGAGGGACUUGAAGAACCUGAGGAAGAACUUCCAGUAAGUGAUGCAGUGGAUCCUGGAGAAGAAACAGAGGCCUUGGAGGAAGAACACAGAGAACUGACUGCCAUUGCAAAGGAGCGGAAGAUAUCAAAAGCACACGAGAUAUUUGUUGGUGGAUUGGAUAGGGAUGCUGAGGAGGAGGAUGUAAAAAAGGUCUUUGAGAGGAUUGGAGAGGUAGUCGAAGUUCGAUUGCACAAGAAUUUGUCAUCUAAUAAAAAUAAGGGUUAUGCAUUUGUGAAGUUUGCUAAUAAGGAGCAUGCAAGCCGGGCUUUGUCAGAAAUGAAAAACCCCGUUAUUUGUGGGAAGCGAUGUGGAACUGCACCCAGUGAGGACAAUAACACAUUGUUCUUAGGCAAUAUUUGCAACACAUGGACGAAGGAAGCAAUCAAACAAAAAUUGAAAGACUAUGGCAUUGAAGGUGUUGGGAACAUCACUCUUGUCCCAAAUCCUCAACAUGAAGGAUUGAGUCGUGGUUUUGCUUUCCUUGAGUUCUCUUGUCAUGCAGAUGCCAUGCUUGCAUAUAAGAGGCUUCAGAAACCAGAUGUUAUAUUUGGCCAUGCUGAGCGAACUGCAAAAGUAGCUUUUGCAGAACCUUUACGUGAGCCAGACCCGGAGAUCAUGGCACAGGUUAAGUCUGUAUUUGUUGAUGGCCUCCCUCCUCACUGGGAUGAAGACCGUGUUAGAGAGCAAUUUAAAGGCUAUGGGGAGAUUGAACGAAUUGUGCUUGCACGUAAUAUGUCGACUGCCAAGAGGAAGGAUUUUGGUUUUGUUGAUUUCACUACUCAUGAGGCUGCUCUUUCUUGCAUUGAUAGUGUAAACAACACAGAAUUGUGUGAUGGGAACUCAAAGACUAAAGUGAAAGUCAGGCUUUCAAACCCUUUGCCCAAAACUCAGGCUGUGAAGGGGGGAUUGUGUGGUGGAUUUCGGAUUGGUCAUGGUGGCGUUGGAUCUUCCUCAAAGUUUGGAAGGGGGGGUUUUGGACGGGGAGGACAUCACUUCAACCGAGCACAAUUUCAACGUGACAGGGGUUUCUAUCAACGUGAAUAUGGUCCAACUGGUAGAUUGGGGUUCCCCAAUGCACCUGAUUUUGAUGGUCCAUACCCUGAGUUCCAUGAGAGACACUUUUUUGGAAGAGGAGGACGAAGGGGUUCUUUGAGGGGUGCUUAUCAGGGAUCUGGGGGAGGCUAUCCAGCUGCUGUCCCACCAAGACCAAAUCUUGAUAGGCCCAGGCAUGGUGCAAUUGAUAGGGGUCAUGGGAAGUACUUCCCAUUUAGGCAACAACCAUUUUUCCCUGAAGAAGACUUUGACAACUCUUUUUCUGGGAGGCAUUUUGAUGACCCUUAUCUUUAUGAGGACAAUGCACGUGGGAUAAAACGACCAUUUAUACCAGACUGGGACCCUGGUUACAUGGAACCAAGCAGGUUUCGCCCUCGACUGGAUUACUCUGACCCAGAGGUUGAUUUUCAUGGAUCUCGUUAUCGGGAUAAUUUUGAAGCUGGCAGUAGUCUCUACUCACAAGAUUAUUAUGGUCCUGAUUAUGAUAGAGGUGCAUAUCCUUCCUAUUACAGAGAUGAUCGGUCAUAUCGAGGUGGUUAUUAUUAUUAAACUCAAGUUCCUCUGGGAGGCUAUUGUUAUUAAAGCUCGAGAACCUUCGGUGGACCGGGAAUGUGGGAUGCACCGCAUUAAUGAUGGUCAAGUUGGUUGCCGCUUGAAAGAGUAGUUGAAACCAGCCUUCCUUUUUAUUCUUCUUUCCACCUGCUCUUUGUUAUAAGCUGCAAUUUCCUACUUUUUUUCCCUUGAUUUGGUAGAUCAUUCGGAGGUUUAUGUGUCUAGUGUAGGCUAUCUUUUGGAAGGAUCUUGACCUAGAAACUAUUUUAAUUUUUGUAUGAUUAGGAUAUUGAUAGAUACUUGCUUUGCUUGCCAUAGGUAUGAAAAGCUAGAGGACAUUAGAUUAUGGGCUACUUUGUUAAGUCACAGGAACUGAUCUCUUGCCAUGUUUAUGGUCUCUGUCCUGGGUUAAGUAUAUACAUGGAUGAUCCUUUAUAUUGAUGCUUAAAAGGAGACAAAUUGGGUGACUAUUUGUUUCUUGGAAGUGAAAAGUUUUAGACUCAGGUUUUUUUUUAUUGAUGGUGGCACAGAAGGUACAAUUUUAAAUAUGGAAGAGAUGGGAAGCUCUUGUGGAGAUUAUCUUGAUGAUUUUUCUGGAGAUAAAGAUGCUACACAAUUGCAUGCCUGACAUAUCGGAGUUGGAUUUUCUUAAUAUAAAAUCUUAAAUUUGAAAUAUAUUGCAAGUCUCUAACAGAUAUACCAGGAUCUUGUUCCAUACUGUUUUGGCUAGCUAAGUAAAUAUUGGGGCGACUUUGAGUUAAUGCAGCCUGGACAUCAGGGAAAUAAAAUAAACUAGAGCUCAAUAUCUGUUGUACCAUAUGAAUGGAUAUGGUGUGGGUAUUCCUCGAACAAAUCCUGCCGUGAGGUCUAUAUGAUAUUAUGUUAAAUACAUUUUGUUUUUGAUGCUAUUCUAGAGGACCACUAGUGAUCAUUUGGGUCAAUUAUGUCUUUUGAUACUUAUUCAAUUUUGUAUUCAUUUUUUAAGAAGAUAUCUCUGGUAUUUUUUCAAGAUUGACCGGCACUGGAUUGGGGGUUGAUAUUAAAAUUGAUUUUUAGGUGGGCUCAUAUUUGGUUAUUAUCCUGAUAAUAGUUGUAGAUGUGCCUAGUAGUCUUGCGAGAAGACAUGGUUUAAUGUUAAAAUGAUCAUCCUCCUAAUCUGAGGUGGUUGAAUUGUUUAUUGCUCAUUUUAGUAUUCUAGCAUUUCUGCUGGAGGUUAUGCCCAAGGUUCUGAUGCUAAUUUAGAACUGGAUCCUGAAGUCCUUUUGGUUCUUUUAAUUGAGGAUUUAGUUGUUCUGACAGAGAUGUUCUGGAUUUGUUUUGUCCUUUAGGCUUCAUGGCUUUAUAGGGGAAUAUGAAAGAAGUACUUUCUUCCAUGAUCAUUGGGAGGUGCUAGUUACAUAUAGGAGAAUGCACCUCUCUUUGUAUUGGACAAAAAGGCAGGAAACUUCUGUAUGAUUUUAAAUUGAUGGAAAGUUAGACAAAUGACGGGAAAUCUUUGCACACAAUUGAGUUUGCUGCAAGUUCAAUUUUCCAAGUAAAGUUCAAGUGGGAGCAAUGUUUGUGGAAAUAAAUGGAAAGGCAGGGACUCAUAUUUCCUCAUUGCACCAUACUUUCCAUGGUCCUAUUGCCUGCUAUUUUGGAAUUUGAAGUUCACCACUGAUUUUAUUUGGUGGUUUUCUAUAUGUUUUUGAGUUUAAAGAACUUAUGACUGGCAUUAAGAGAUCCUAUGUUAGAUAUUUUUGUCAAACUAGCAGAUCAGGCUGGAGACUGUCUGCAAUGUACUUUUUCCCUUAACAUUGAACUAUUACUAACUAUUGGUUAGUUGAUCUCUAGGGAGUUCUUCCUUCAGUAUGAAUUGCUUACUUUUUAUUUCUUUUUUCUGAAAUAUUUGGUGAUGACCAAAUGGACUGAUGGGUGAUGAAAAUUGACUUGUUUACUGCUGUUUACCUCAUGCCACCUGGAGGCAGUAGCUGGGUAUUGCCUUGGCAGAAAUUGUUAUGAGUUGUUUUUGUUGGAUAGGGGUUCAUGUGCUUGAGAAUAGUGUUGACUAUGAUAUUUGUGUUCUCCAUGCUUGAGAAUGAUAUUAAUUACAAUGUUGUUUUAAGGCAUUCAGGAGGUUGUGUCUAGUUCAAAUUUUGUGUAAGACAAUGCUUGCUUUUUUUUUUUUUUUUUUAACGCUUUUGGAUUAGAAAUAAAAGUAUUAAAAUUAGGUAAAGCAAGUACAUGAGAAGGAUGAGGAAUCCUCGGAUUUACAUAAAAUGGUCAAAAAAAUGGAAGAUUAAACCUUCUCCAUAAAAACUAAAGAGACUUGGACAUCCAUAUAGGAACCAUAUGAGAAUAUAGAACAAAAACCUCUUACCCCUCCGACCUCUGUUAGGAUUAAGACAACUUCAAAUAGAAAUUGAAACUAAUCUCCUCUUCUCUCUGAGCUAACCCUUAUAACUUACACACCGAAUGCUAGUCAAGCUGAACAACAUUGAGAGGAAUGCCCUUAAAUGUCCUGGAACAAGAUGCCCAAAAGGAUGAAUUAAAUUUCACUGUCUCUGAAGUCCUUCUCUUGUCCUCGAAAAUCCUAACAUUUUUUUCUUUCUUUCCACACAAUCCAUAUCAACAUGAAACAAGCAAUUUUCCAUAGGACUUUGCCUUUGAUGGAGCUUCCCAAACCUCUAUAUGAGAUGAACAUCAUAUCACAUAUGCUUCUCAAAAGAACCUCUAUAUGAAUAGCUUGUGCCACAUGCCUAAAGUCAACAUGUAAUUUAAAAAAAGAUGAUUGGUUGUUUCUUGAAUUCUCAUGCACAAAAUGCACAUAUCAAGGUUAAGGGUUUUAUAAGGUUUUCUCCACUGUAGCAUAUCAUUAGUAUUUACAUUCUUGUGAGCCACUAACCAAGUAAAGACUUUGACCUUAGAUGAGACUUUAGAUUUUCGUAGAAAUUUAGCUAUAGUGAAAAGAACCAUGUCUAUAGGAUUAGGCAAUGCUAAGAAAAGAGAUUUUAUUGAAAAUAAAUUAGAGGAAGAUAAUGAUCAAGCUCUUGCAUUUGGGAUGGAUGGAGUCAAGUGCACUCAAAUGAGAGAGGACAUGAGUCUUUUGAGGUCCUCUAUAUCCAAAUCAUUGAGGUUGUACAAUUAAGAUUCCAAGAAAAAAAGGAAGAAAUGCCUAGGAUGGUUGAGAUGGGAAGAUUUUUUUUUAUUUUUUUUAUUUAUAGGAAACAACAAAGAAAUAUAUUGAUAGAAAUAAGAAGUACAAAAGAAGGAUGAUGAAUCCUCCCACAAAAGAAAACCAAACAACAAGAAUACAAAAACAAUAAGCUAAUUGGUAAUUACAAAAAACAAUCUCUCUUUGCUAGACCAUCCUAUUGGAACUACACACUGCUAGCCAAUCUUCCCAAAAAUGAAUUCUUGCCCCAUCAUCCACCACAAAACAAGUAUAUUUGGAAACUCUUAAAAAAGCAUGUGCAGUGGGAAUGGUGUGACCACCUAACUAUGAUAUUGAUGUUGCACCCAUUGGUGUGUGUCUUGUAGAUGCUUAAAAUAAGUUGAUGCCAAAGAGAAUGACUUUCAUUAGAAAACCUCCAAAACCACUUUCCCAAAAGAGCUUGAUUCCUUAAGGAAAUCUUUCUAAAGCCCAAACCGCCUUCCACCAUUGACUUGCAUACUAGGUCCCAACUAACAAGGUGAUCCCUCUUAACCAAAAGAAAUCCCUUUGCAAUUUCUCAAUCGUAGAAACCACUAAAGAUGGGAUCUUGAAAAUAGAGAGGAAAUAGUUAGGAAUAUGCAACAAAUAGGUCUGUUUUAGAGUAAUUCUACCGUCCAGUGACAAAAAAAGGUUUUUUCCACCCAUCCAAUAUCUGCAAAAUUUUGUCAAUCAGGGAAUCCCAAAAAGUGAUUGCCUUUGGAUUCCCCCUAAUGGAAGACCCAGGUAGGAUAAAGGCCAGGCAAAGACUUUUGCGUUCAAGCAUUGAAUUCGGACUGGAGAUUUAAUCUUGAUUUAUGUUAAUAUGGAGAGAGCUCUUGACUAAAUUGAUCUUCAGGCCUGAAAUCUGCUAAAAAAUCAAUAAGAUUAACUUGAGAUUUGCAAUUCUUCCAUACAGGCUCUAGAAAAGAAGAUGGUGUUAGCAAAUUGCAAAUGAGACACUCUAGACCUACUCCUACCCACUAUGAAGCCUUCCAAUGAAAUGCUCUCCACUCUAAACAACAACCUACUUAAAACCUCAACUGCAAUGGGAAAGGGAAAAGGAAAGGGAAAGGGAAAGGGACAGAGGAUGAUGAAAUUUGUUCUACAGAAAAUAAAGGUGCAUAUUUAGAUGAAUGUUUUGGGUUAUAGGUACAGCUCUUCAAGAUAUUUCUCAUAUUUUAGGUUGAAAAGAGUUUAUAAAGCUAACAAAUAAGAAAUAGCAUGAGGUUUAACCUAUUUUAAGAAAAUACAUGAUUGAUAUACAAUUGCUCUUUUUGGUUUUGCUUGUGUCUUUUCCUUUUGGAUGAUUGCCUAGGUUAACCCAUAUUUAUUCAAAAGAGAGGAAAAAUAUUUAAUGACAUUGUGGCAAUAAGCAUUGUCCUUGAUUAUAAUAAAUUGCUUUCAGCUUCUGUGUUUUGUAGUUGGCAUAGGAAAAAUAUUUAAGUCUGGUAGAGGGUAAGGAUGACUUUUGUUUUGGUACUUGUGGAGUGAACUAUGAUGGCUUGAAUUGGACAUUAAGCUUAUGCGAAAAAAAUGUGGUGUUAUUGAUUGUUAUAUGUUGUUUCUGUUGCUUAUGGAGUAUGGAAGCAAAGUCUAUUGCCCUAGUUAAGUUGAUAGCUAAUGAAUGUGUGUAAGAUUCAUUUGUUAUCUUUUGUCUAAAUAGAAAUUCAUUGUGUAUAUAAAUGUGUCUGUAUGUAUUUAUAUACAUGUGUUCGUAUGUAUGUAUAUGUCUAUUUAUGUAUGUUUUUAUGCAUAUCUAUAUAUAUUCUAUUACUUGUUGCCACUUGCCACAGCUACAAUGGCAUCAUUAUUUAAGGUUUAUAUAUGUUGCGCCUCAAGUAUAGUCAUGCUAAGGGGUCUGGUUUCCACCCUACCUAUUUCCAAAACCUAAUGUCGAUGCAAUCAGUUGUACAUACCAUUCCAAAUCCAGGCCCUAGUAAUUUUUAGUUUUAAGUUGUGUUUGCCCUAAGGAUAAAGGGGCAAUUGAUCAUGAUCAUUUGCCUCCUUCACAAUGCAUUUGUAUCCAAGGCAUCCAUCCAGUGUGUGCACCAGCAUUGGUCUAUUAUCAGAGUUUGAAAAAGUGGAAGCUGUAUUCCUUCCUCAAAGAUCUAGCGGGCACUCAAGGGUCUGUACUGCAAGCUAAAAUCCUGGGGUCCAUGUACAGGUUAGUUUGUUACAUGCACACUUCUCACCUAGCUGUGAUUUUACAGUUAUUCCUCUCAUAUUAACCAUUGGUUGGUUCAACUAUUGAAUGGAAAAUUUAGAGGCACCAAAUGUGUUGUUGGCUGUCUGAUGAUUGGUGUGGCUGGGUUCCUUAUAUAUUGUAAUUUUAGAGUUUUCCUUUUUGUUA